UUUGGUAUGAAAAGAAAAAUCAACUGUCAACCAAACGGCCAGUUUCGAACCUGCGCCGAGGAAGAGGAACCAAAGAAAGAAUAUGAGACUUCUCUCUCAAACAUUUCGUACCCAAAAACCCUCAAAUUCAAAUUCACAGCUUUCCAAAUCUUCUUCUUCCUCAACUAAGGAUCCAAUAUUGAUCGUCAAAUCAGAGCCGAAGCCGAAGCAAUGGUGUGUGUAUCUCAUCAUCUCCUCCAAUUCCCCCAUCAAAACCUAUGUAGGCGUCACCCUCGACUUCGAUCGGCGUUUGAAACAACAUAAUGGUGAAAUAAAAGGUGGUGCAAAAGCAACUCGGACAGGACGACCUUGGCUUUGUGCGUGUACAAUUCAUGGUUUUAAAGACCAAGGUCAAGGUUUCUUCUUGUUUCUGAUUCGUGGAGAUGGACCAUUGACCCUUCUUCAUCGUUUUUUGUGAAAUCUCUCAUGAAUGACUUGGUGGGUCCAGUUGCGCAUCUUGAGAAUGAUAUUUAUUCUGUCAUUUGGUUGGAUCACUACCUCAAGAAAAUAAAAUUUUUCUUCUGAGAACUUAGCCUUGGUGCUGUUAAUACUAUUUAUCGGCUUCAAUGUUGUAUGCCAUAUAUGUCUAUUUCUCCAUUUUGGUGUAUUAUGUGUCAGUGUCAGUGUCAUGCUGAAUCUCCAACUCAUUUAUUUUUGCACUGUACCUUUGCUUCCUGUUUCUGCCAUAUUGUUCUUGAUGCUUUUGGUUGGGCUACAGCUUGCUCUAAUAACAUAUUCGACCUCCUUGCUUCUCUUUUGAUGGGUCACCCGUUUUCUGGCAUUUAGAAGACAAUUUGGUUGGCUAUUCUUCGAGCUUUCUUCUGGACAUUAUGGGACGAGCAUAAUAAGCGUCUUUUUAAAGAUUCUUUUUCUUCCUUUGAUUCUUUCGUAGAUUUAGUCUUGUCUACUACGUUGUAUUGGUGCAAAACUAAGCACCCGUUUAAAAACUUUAGUCACUCUUAUUUAGUUUCUAAUUGGCAAUCUCUUUGUAAUCACCAUUAGGUGCUUGGGUCUCCCCUAUUUCAUUUUAUCAAUGAAAUGUUUCUUAUUUAAAAAAAAAAAAAAA